CGUCCGGUAACGGCCGGUCGCCCAGGAGACGCGAGUACACGGAGCGGACCGGCUCCGACCGGACCCCGAGUGCUCGUGGCGGUCGCCCCUCUGCGGACAAGCCGCGUCGCGGGCGCCAUGAGCCAGAGGCAGGGGCUGCAAGUGUUCGAGCAGUACCAGAAAGCCCGGACCCAAUUAGUGCAGACGGUGGCAGAGCUGGCGACCAAACCCCAGAACAUUGAGACGCUGCAGAACGCGGGUGUGAUGUCUUUGCUGAGGCCACUUCUUCUGGAUGUGGUUCCGUCAAUUCAGCAGACUGCUGCUUUGGCUCUUGGGAGACUGGCUAAUUACGAUGAUGACCUAGCAGAAGCAAUUGUGAGUGACAUUCUCCCACAGCUUGUUUCCUCAUUGGCAGAACAGAAUCGUUUUUACAAGAAAGCAGCUGCCUUUGUGCUAAGAGCAGUUGGUAAACAUUCACCUCAACUAGCACAGGCAAUAGUUGAUUGUGGAACACUGGAUGCGCUGAUAAUAUGCCUGAAAGAUUUUGACCCCGGAGUCAAGGAGGCUGCAGCCUGGGCCCUUGAAUAUAUUGCAAAACAUAAUGCAGAACUGUCACAAGCUGUGGUGGAUGCAGGAGCUGUACCUCUUUUAGUACUCUGUAUCCAGGAGCCAGAAAUUGCUUUGAAAAGGAUUGCUGCUUCGGUCCUCAGUGAUAUUUCAAAGCAUUCUCCGGAGUUAGCACAGACAGUAGUGGAUGCGGGAGCUAUUGCUCACUUAGCACAGAUGAUCCUGAACCCUGAUGCUAAAUUGAAGCAACGAGCUCUCAGUCAGAUUGCAAAACAUUCUGUGGAUCUGGCAGAAAUGGUGGUUGAAGCAGGGAUUUUUCCAGUUGUACUUACCUGUCUGAAGGACAAAUAUGAAUACAUGAAGAAAAAUACUUCUACUUUAAUUACAGAGACUGCAAAACAUACACCCAAGCUUUCGCAGCUGAUAGUUAACGCAGGAGGAGUUGCUGCUGUGAUUGACUGCAUUGGGUCCUGCAAGGGGAAUAUAAGACUGCCUGGCAUCAUGAUGCUUGGUUAUGUAGCAGCUCAUUCUGAGAACCUGGCAAUGGCAGUGAUCAUUUCCAAGGGUGUGCCCCAGUUGUCAGUCCGCUUGGCAGAAGAACCAGAAGAUCACAUUAAGGCUACUGCCGCUUGGGCCUUAGGACAGAUUGGGAGACACACUCGAGAGCAUGCCAGGGCUGUCGCAGUCACAAAUACUCUGCCAGUUCUGCUUUCUUUGUACAUGCCAACAGACAGUUCUGAAGAUCUUCAAAUAAAAAGUAAAAAAGCCAUAAAGAAUAUCUUACAAAAAUGCACCUACUUAUCAGCCCUUGAGCCAUUUCCGUAUGAUGCUCCUCCCAAUAUUCUGAAGCAUGUGGUUGGACAGUUCAGUAAGGUGCUGCCACAUGAUAGCAAAGCUAGGCAACUUUUUGUGACAAGUGGUGGACUUAAAAAGAUUCAAGAGAUAAAAGCUAAACCUGGAUCUCUCCUUCAACAAUACAUCAACAGUAUUAACAACUGUUACCCAGAGGAAAUAGUAAGGUACUAUUCCCCUGGAUAUUCAGAUACACUUCUGCAGAGAGUGGACAGCUAUCAACCACUUACUAAGAAAAGAUACUUCUUAUGAAUGAUAGUUAAAGCUCUUUUUAAAUAUCUGAAC